AUGUCGCGAUCAAGCUUCGACAGCUCCUUUAUGCAGCUUGGUCCAGCCUACCUGCGCUUCCACUCCGGCGAGUCGAUCGCUGACAGCCCUUCCGCACACAGGAAUCGCGCGCUUUCUAUCCGCUCUGGAGGCAAGUCCGGCAAGGGCUCCGGCUCCGGCAGCCAGCUUCCCAGCUUCUCCUUCAGCUCCCUCCGUGGCCAGGCUCAGCCCGAGCUGUCUCGCAAGCUGUUCAAGCUCAUCAAGUCCGAGAAUAACCUCAUUAAUGCUCACGAAGCCGCCGGCCGCGAGCGCAUCAACAUUGCUACCCAGCUGUCUGAGUGGGGGGAGCAAACUGGCGAUGACGCCAUCAGCGACAUCUCUGACAAGGUUGGUGUGGUUUUGAGCGAGAUUGGCGAGCAGGAAGACACGUACGCCCACGCGCUGGACGACUGUCGCGGGCGGCUCAAGUCCAUCCGUAACACUGAGAAGAGCGUCCAGCCUAGCCGUGAUGGCAAGGCCAAGAUUGCGGAUGAGAUUGCCAAGCUCAAGAUGAAGGAGCCCGAGAGUGCUAGACUGGUCGUCUUGGAGCAGGAACUUGUCCGUGCUGAAGCCGAGAAUUUGGUUGCCGAAGCUCAGUUGAGCAACGUCACUCGUCAGAAGCUCAAGGAGGCUUAUGAUGCCGAGUUCCUCGCCACCAUCGAGCGAGCGGAGAAGCAGAUCAUCCUUGCCAAGCAUGGACGCCGUCUCCUGUCUCUCAUCGACGAUACACCGGUCAUCCCUGGCGACGCUCGUCCCAGCUACUCCGAGGGUAGUCAGGCUCGUCAGAUCCUCAACGACUGCGAGGACGACCUCCGAGACUGGCGACCAGAGGCCGAGCCGCAUGACGCUCCAGCCGAGGAGACUUCCCCGGCCAGGGAGAAGCAACCAGCUCUGUCCGUCGAGGAGCAUGAUGGCGCGAAGGAGUUUGAGGCCGGAACUGAGGUUCAGCCGUCGACCUGA